AUGGGAAUGAAAUUUAAAUACAGCAACGACGUAGGAGACAGAACGGUGGUAGCCGAGGGUGUAAUCGGCGGUAUAGGGGGCCCAGGCGGCGGGUGCCGCGUUUCAUCGAUGACGAUGGCUGAGAGCGUCGUGGAGGACUCCGCGGCGGCGCCCCCGGGUCCAGCAAAACCACCUCCGCCUUCUUGUACGAACAAUAAUACAUUAGCAGCUACAGCAAAUCGCAACCAUCGAGUGCCCCGUAAGCGAAGGCGUUUAAAUCAAGUUCUGGAUGAUUUGCAAGCACACAAAGGUGUUUCAGCUGAAGAAGUAGGAAAUAGAUUGGAAUCAACAACAUUAGAAGAAGAUGAAGAUGUAUUUGGAUCUUCAAGGCCAUCAUCAAGAUCCGCAUCUACAGAAAAUCCUUAUUCCCUUGCAAAAAGACUCAAGGAUGAAACUCUAGAGUCACAGACAGACGAAGAUACACCUGGAGCCAGUCAACAUUAUCAUCACAAUCAUCACCUGCCUAUUAGUCUUCAACAUCACAAACAAUACUAUAGAACUUCAUUAAAGUUCCCUGGAUGUGGUUGCAUAAAUUGUGCUACGCCAAACAUAAUUCUACCAUCUUCUACAUCACCCCCAGCUCCGUUAACACCAUUAACACCAGUCUCGAACAUGAGUCUUACACCGUUAACUCCAGUCUCACCAUCAUCAUACACCUUCGAACAUUAUCUUCAUACCAAGUACCUGCCUGACGAAGAUCGGAGAAGAAGCCAUUCAGACUCGGAUAUGUCUGGAUGGGAACAGAAACCUUCAUUACUAGUUUGGCCAUCUUCUUGUACACCACGAAGUGGAUCUUCAGAAAGUGAUACAACGAGUCCUCAAGAGUUUCCUCUAGAUUUAUCAAUGAAAAAUGUAUCAUUAGAUAGGCCCGGAGCACUUCAACUUCUUCCAACUGGUCUCGUAACCAGGGGGUCUCUCAAUGUUCCAGUUGUUCGUGGUGAUGUAGCUUCACCUACCACAAAAGAAAGUGUUGCUUUCAGGUACAAUCUGGAAGUAUCUCCAGUUGUUGAAGAAAUGCCGCCCGGAACAGAUUUAGCAUACGUGUGUCCAGCAUGUGGACAGAUGUUUAGUCUUCAUGAUAGACUAGCAAAGCACAUGGCUUCUAGACAUAAAAGACAGAGUGCUAAGGAUGCCACUGCUAAGGCUUAUUCUUGUGACGUUUGCCAUCGUAGUUUUGCAAGGUCUGACAUGCUUACUAGGCACAUGAGAUUACAUACGGGUGUGAAGCCAUACACCUGCAGGGUAUGUGGCCAGGUGUUUAGUAGAUCUGACCAUCUCAGUACACACCAGAGAACUCAUACUGGUGAAAAACCAUACAAAUGUCCUCAGUGUGUUUACGCAGCAUGUAGAAGAGACAUGAUCACCAGGCAUUUAAGGACACACGCAAGGUACGUUGAUGGUCAGACCAAAUGUGAAAAUUCAACUGAUCCUGAGAGUCCAACUUUCGGACUGACUUCUUUACCAGCCGUUAAAACAGAAUGACCGAGGAUUAGAGUGAAGAGGAUUAGGAAUGUUUUGAACCAAGCUUAAGGAUAUUCUGAUGUAUCAAAACUCCUCUGAAGACUGCCUUUCCUGUGUUCGUCCUCGGCAGACAAGCGGCUGAACAGUAUUAUCCAUACAAUAUCUUUGAUUUGAUAAUCCAUGUCUCUUACUUGUUUUUAUUCUUCUUUCCAAUCAUUGCCUUCAUUGUUGCCAAUACAGUAGGACAUCAACGUUUAUUUCAUCACUAAAAAACUCCCUGCAUUAAUGUGUUCUCUCAGCUAUCUUUUGAUUUAUCUUUAAGAAAAAAUAAGUUUAUAUAUAUAUAUAUAUAUAUUUUGAUAUUUAAAAAUAGUUAUAAAACUAAAUUAACGUACUUGAGUUGGAAGUCACAUGAAAAAGGUGUGCCAAAUUCUUUUAAGGUCAGUUUUUCAAUUUAUUAGCUAUUUCAUCUAUUUUAUGUUGGAAUUUUUCGUCAUUAUUUCGUAUGACUUGAGAGAUUGUCAUAAAAAAUGUUAAACGUUUAAAUAUUUGUGAUGAAA